AUGCCGGGUGUUGACGGGGCCUCGGCUGGCAUUAACGCAAGCGCCUCACGCCCGGCUGCGACAAGCGAUGACACACCCGCCGCUGCACCCACGGUCAAUUCCAAGCCUGCAGAAGCCAAACCCGUCAGCACCAUGGCUGUCGAGUACGACGACUUCGGCCUGCCCAUAAGAAAGAUCUCAGCCCCCACAGAACAAGGAACACCACCCGAUGCCAGUGCCGCCACGGGCACGCCCGUCGAUCGUCAUCAGUCGAACAGGGGAAAUGCGAGGGACGACAAGGAACCCGUCAAGGCACACACCGAAGGAGAACGGACUGUAAAUGUUGCGGAAACGAUCAGGAAAUCCCUUGAUGCAAAGGGUGGUACGAAAUCGGGCAGCGACCAAGACCUCAAGGAUGCCACCUCUCACAAUGCAACUGGAACUCGCGGAUCAGACGGAUCCUCCGCAAAUGCGGAAGACCAAGCGAUAUCUGAGGCUGGGAAGCCCGGAGAAAAGCAUGAUGCAAGCAAGAGGCAGAGCGGUCUUGAAGUCUCCGGGUUUUCGCAUCAGCAGCUUGCCUCGCAUGAGUCCGAGAAGCAGGAGGAGGACGACGACGGGGAAUGGCAGACCAUGCCGGCCUAUGCGCCAUACGAUAUAUACGACGACAAUAACAAGCUGAUUGCCAAGGAGUACAACGAAGCCGAGGAGGAGACGUACGGGUAUGCAGGGCUUGGCGGGGCCGGCAAAGGGUAUACCAAGGUGCUGGUGGAUGACGACGCCGAGUCAGCAACCAGCCUGGACGAGCAUACUCAGUAUCUGUUCAAGGAUGCCGGCGGCGGGACCAGCAUUGUGGACGACGACGACACUCAGCGGGACGCCGUGAGCCAGCUGCAGGCCACCAAGGAACUCCUGACGGAGGGCCAGAGGAUCGCGUAUGUGGGCCUCACGAGAUUGGAGCUUUCGGCGAUGCUGAAGGAGGCCGAAUCCAUAGAGCACACGUCCUCCAAGACCAAGAAGCAAGUGACAUUGGCGGCCGAGAACAUGAGGAUGUGGAGCCAGAAGAUGAUGAUCAGGCUCUAUACGCACAUGGACAUCAGCCCGGACGAGCAGGUCAUGAUUGAGCAGCUGAGUUCGCACGGCGUGGUGCCCCAAGACCUGACUCCCGUCUUGAUGGCGAACGCGCGCGUGCGGAACCCGAUGGCAGCUGAGAAGGAAGCGAGGUCGUCCGUCUCCAGUCCAUCAUCUCGGCCCGCCUCAGUCGUGAGUUCCCGGACGGAGCAUGCGGCCGAGCCGCCACCACCCUACUCGGUCGAGGACGACUCGGAGCUCACGGAACCUGUGAGGACGCCGUCACAAAUGCCUACCACGCAGAAGAUCGACAUCGACAUCCGGUGGACUGUUCUGUGUGAUCUGUUCCUGGUGCUCAUUGCCGAUUCCAUCUAUGACGCAAGAUCGAGGUUACUGCUAGAGAGGGUUGCAAAAGACCUAGAGAUCAGCUGGCUUGACAUUUGCCGUUUCGAAAAGAAGGUGACGGAUGCGCUAGAAAUGCAGGCGAACGCGGAGAAGGAGAAUUGGAACGAGGAGGAGCAUAUGGAGAACCGCCGCAAGCUCGCCCUCAAGCGGCGCUACAUGAUGAUGGGGCUCGCCACUGUUGGCGGCGGUCUGGUGAUCGGCUUGUCGGCGGGUCUGCUCGCCCCCGUCAUCGGCCUGGGCCUGGCAACCGGUUUAACAACGAUAGGCAUCGGCGGCACCAGCGGCUUCCUCGCCGGUGCUGGAGGCGCCGCGAUUAUCACGUCCAGUGCUGCAGCAUCAGGAGGCAUCAUCGGUGUCAGGGCCGCCAACAGGAGGACAGGAGCCGUCAAGACCUUCGAAUACCGGCCGCUGCACAACAACAAACGAGUAAACCUCAUUGUGACGGUGUCGGGGUGGAUGACGGGCAAAAUCGAUGACGUCCGGCUGCCCUUCAGUACGGUAGACCCGGUCAUGGGCGACAUCUACUCAGUCUUUUGGGAGCCCGAAAUGUUAUCCAGCAUGGGUGAUACCAUUAACAUCCUAGCGACUGAGGCUCUCACGCAAGGCCUCCAACAGCUCCUGGGCAGCACCAUCCUCGUCACCCUGAUGGCGGCCGUCCAAGUGCCGGUCGUCCUUACGAAGCUCGCCUAUCUAAUCGACAACCCCUGGGCCGUCUCCCUCGACCGUGCCACCAUGGCUGGUCUGAUUCUGGCAGACUCAAUCAUUGACCGUAAUUUGGGCACGCGUCCUAUCACCCUCGUUGGAUACUCCCUCGGCAGUCGGGUCAUCUUCUCGUGCCUCCAGGAGCUCGCUAAGAAGGGCGCUUUUGGGCUCGUGCAGAACGUCUACCUCUUCGGCAGCCCCGUCGUUGUCAAGAAGGAAGAGUACUUGCGCGCCCGCACGGUGGUAGCGGGCCGCUUCGUCAACGGUUACAAUCGGAACGACUGGAUUUUGGGCUACCUGUUUCGCUUGACCAAUGGUGGUAUCAGGCGCGUCGCCGGCCUGGCCCCCAUUGAGGGUAUUCCCGGGGUAGAGAACAUGGACGUGUCCGAGUUUGUCGUUGGGCACAUGGACUACCGGACGGCAAUGCCGCGGCUCCUGCGCGAGUGUGGUUGGCUGGUGGAGAGUGAUGAGUUCACGGAGAUUGAAGACCCCGAUCCGGAUAACUACCAAGAGAGACAGCGCGAGCUGAUCAGUGAAAUUGAGGAAGCGCGAAGGGAGCUGGAGAAAGAGGGUAAUAAGGAAACCAAGAGCGGCGGGUUUGGUUUCUUCAAGCGGAAGAAGGCCCUUCAGAAGCAGGAGUGGGAGGUCUACGAUGAAUCGAAGAGCAGAAAGGGCGGUCAGACGGAAGACAAGGAUGGGAAUAACCACGGCGUUCUCUUCGAUGUCGACGCUAUCCGCGCCGAAAUCGCGAAGGAGAACCAGAACAACAAGGACGCCAAUCUCGACGAGCAGCUCCUCCAGGUUAGGGAGAUCAAGAGCACUCUACCGCCGAUAAAACUCGAUCUGAAAUCCAACACUCCGCCUACCCCCAGCCUCACACCUCCAGCCAAGACGCGUCGGCAGACUCUCCGGGAAAGCAAGAGCGCCGACCCCAUAUGGUCUCCGGACGAGGACAGGCUGCCCCCGUACGAGGCUCGCUCCUCUCACGAGCCAUUACCCUCCCGGACGCGGACCCCGACGUUCCCAAGCAGCAAAUCAGAAAGAAACAGCCCAUAUCAUGCAUACGGCAGCCACGCGUAUGGCGGCAAUGGCGGCCUAGAAGAUGACGGCGGGAUCCAGAUGACAUUUGACACGGCCUUUGACGACCCCAAGCCAUCGCCGUUUGCUACGACCGGUGGGACGUCCUCAUCGGAAACACCGUCGAGGCCAGAGAUUAGGUCAUCGCAGACGGUGCCUAAUAUUACGCUUGCGGAUCCUUGGGCUGAUGACGACGAGGAGUUUGGGAAGGAGAAGGAAAUCCAGAUGACAUUUGCUUAG